CCCAAAAUCAAGCAUUACAUUUUUAAAAAUGUAUUCAACGCGGAAUGUCUUUGUUUUAACAUUAAUUAAUUUAGUUUUGAGUGACAAGUCAUGUUAUUGGAACGAGGAAUGUCCGUUUGGCCUGUAUUCGACUAAAACACCAUAUGAUACAGUUCGAGGAGAUAUACGCGACUGGCCAUUACCAGAGAAUUGUGAAGCCAUAAGCUUCUGGGCGCUGAUCAGACAUGGCAACAGGAACCCCAGCGACUCCGUGACCAGCGCCAUGAAGGAGCUGCAGGCCAAGAUCAAGGAUCAGAUCAUUGCCAGUUACGAAGCUGGUACUAGUCAGCUUUGUGCGCAGGAAAUACAAGAAUUCCGAAAAUUCGUUUGGAACGACACUAUGGACACUUCACCUUCCUAUCUAACUGGAGAAGGCUAUGAAGAGAUCUACGACAUGGCAAUGAGGAUCAGAGAGAAGUACCCUCAACUCCUUAGUGGUUCUGAAGACCAGUAUUACUUCAGACCUUCAGACAAACAGAGAACCAUUGCUAGUGCGAUGGCAUACGUCCAUGCUUUGAGUGAAGGAACUGAGUUAAAUUUGACUGCUGAUUCCUCUAGGGAAAGAGAUGAUGUGUUAAGACCAUACGACUACUGCGAGAGAUAUCAAGAGGAAGUAAGGGGAGGACAGCUUCUUGUGGAUCAGUUGGAAGCGUACUUCAACACUCAAGAAUAUAAAGCGGUGCAACAAGCGGUGCAACAACGUCUAGGUAUACCCUACCAGCUGACCGCAGCCGACGUCUACAAUCUUCAAGAGCUUUGCCGAUUUUACCGUUCCUGGACUCCUAACUUAAAGUCCCCCUGGUGUGCCCCGUUCAGCCAUGAAGAUCUUCUUGUGUUGGAGUAUAGAGAUGACGUGCGUCAUUAUUACAGAAACGGCUAUUCUUCGUGGAUGAACGCAAACCUUGGUCGUCCAGUUCUGAAAGAUUUGUACGAAACAUUCGAUGCCGCUGUGAGCGGUGCAGGCAAGAAGAUAGUAUCUUAUUUUGCGCAUGACACUCUUAUGGAGAUGGUGUACUGUGCUCUGGGCAUGUACAAGGAUGCUGAGGGAAUCACAGCACAAGUCAGGAACCCAAACAGAAUGUGGCGAACGACGUAUAUUGCUCCGUUCUCUGCUAAUAUUAUGGCUGUCUUAAAUAGAUGUCAAGAAUCAGGUACUCAAGUGCACCGAGUUCAAAUAUUCAACAAUGAGAAGGUGACUCCUCUGUGUCCGCUGCAAGGAUGCACCUGGGAGCAGUUUAUCUCCAUGUUCGAGACCUUCAAAGACGCGCCUCUUGACUUCUGUAGGCAUGACUACCGCUUCCCUGAACUGGUCCCUACUCCUUCUCCUGCAUCUGCUGGAACCAUCCGCGUUAUGAUGGGCUUGGUUCUCCUGCUUGUGUCUUUAGCAAUCUUGCAUAGAUGAUGACAACGCAUUUUCGUCUUGUCAUUACUCAUAAGUGUAUUUAUGAUCGCUACAAUCUUUGUGCGUGUGUCAGUGAUGAUAGUGUGAUAAGGUUUAUUAUUAUUUGAUUUAUGUAUAACAAUAUACUUGUACCAUAUAAUAAGUAGAUAAUAUGUUGAUAUUAAAAGUCCUUC